AUGGGUCGAGAAAUUGAGCCAUUCCUGAAGUUUUACUCACAGGAAUUGAUGCGUGGAAUCAGCGUUGAGAUCUCUGCUAACCCAGUUGACGGGCUUUUCGUGCUCUUCCAAAACUGCCCAUCGCUACUAGGACCGGCAUUCGUGAGGCUGUUCGUGCUGGAGCACCCGUUUGAGCCAUCUCUGGAGUCCCCCUUCUGGAAGCUGGCGGAAACCACGACACGGAGAUGUACUGUUCUCCUGGUUGUUGCUCCGCUGAGACAUGAUGGGAAAUCAUGA